AAUGUCUCAAUUAUUAAAACCUAUAUCAGCUUCAUCUCCUUCCAAAACAAGAAGUGCAUUAUCAUAACACACAUAAUCAAAGAGUCCUCAUUAUAAUGAGAUGUAAUAGGGUAAUUUGGUAAUUUUAUAAAUAAGGUUCUACAAAUCAAAAAUCUUAGUAGAGUUUAAGAAAUUCUCAUUAUACAAGUAAAUUUGAGAAGAGUAUUGAUAUGGAUAUGAAAUAGAGUAAUAGUUUUAUAAAUCCUGAUUUUGAAAUUAAGAAACUCAUGAACUUAGUUGAAUUACAAUAACAUGAAAUAAAUAAUUGGAAACGUAGAUAUGAAUAAGCAGAAUAAAGAGUAUAUUAAUAAAUAAUAAUUUAAGUGUAUAUCUACAAAUUCAGUUUAAAGAAUUAAAGAUUAUGAAAAUCAUUUAGAUUAAUUAACAAUAGAACUUAAAAAUUAUAAGAAUAUUAAUGAUGAUUUAAUUAAUAAAAUGAAAGAGAAAGAUAUUUAGAUAUCAAAAUUAAAUAAAUAAUUAGAUAUCUAUAAAUAAUAAUUGAAUGAUUAUUAGUCUGAAUUAAAGUAUGCAUAGAAAGAAAAACAUAAUUUAGAUUAAGAUGCAUCUUUAUAACUAUAUUAAAAAGAUCAGAUUUACAAUCAAAAUUUAUAAGAAAUUUAAUAGACACAUUAUGAGUAGAUGUAAAUUAUGGAUGAUUAAGUCUAAAAAUUAUAAGAUGAAUUAAUUAGAAGAAAUUAAGUAAUUGAAUUUUAGAAAUAAGAAAUAAUAUAAUUAGAUAAUAUUAUAAAUGAGAUUAAAACAGGAGAAAAGACAUUGAUUUAAUCAUUAGAAGCAUAAAAAAUAAAAUAAUAAGAUUUAGAAGAUGAGAAAAAGAAAGAAAUAAAUAAAUAAAAUUAACAUUUUGAAUAGACUAUUAAAUAACAAGAAAAAGAAUUUCUAAAUGAAAAAGAAUGUUUAAUUCAUAAAAUUAGUUAAAUGUAAUAUGAAAUUAAUAUGUUAAACUAAUAAAUUUAAGAAUCAUAAAGUAUAAUUUCAAAUUAAUUUUAGAUCUAAUAUCAGGUUUAUAAGAUGAAAUAUAAUCCUAAGUUGAAUAAAAUUGUUAUCUUUAAGAAUAACAUUAAAAUAGUACAUAAGAUUUAGAAUUAAAAUAUAAAAAAUUAAUUUAAGAACUUAAAAUUGAAUAUGAAUAAUAGAAAAAUAAAUUAUUUUAAGAAAAUUCAUAAUUAAAUUCUUAAUUGGAAAUUACUUCAUAAUAAUUAUGUGAAAAUUAAGAAUUGAAUCAAGAAUUAUAAGUUACUUUAGACACACUCAAUUAACAUAAUGAAACUUCAUCAUAAUAAUUAAAUAAAUUACAAAAUGAAUAUUAAUAAUUAUAAUCAUUAUAUGAAAAUGAUAUAACUGAAUAAAACUAAGAAAUUUAACAAUUAAAUGAUUAAAUUGAUUAAUUAACAGAAUUAUUAGAAUAGAGAUCAAAUGAAUUAGAUGAUGCUAGAUAGUAUAGAGGAGAAUUAGCAUUAAAAAAUAAUGAAAAUAAUGUAAAUUAUAUUAUAAAUAUAUUAGUUAUUGAUUUAAAGAUUAUAAAAUGAAUUAGAAUCUUAAAAGUAAAAACUUAUUGAAUUACAAAAAUAAAAUUAAAUAUAAGAAUAAGUCAAAGAAGAAAUAAGUAAAUCAUAAUUUGAAUAAAUGAAAAGAUAAAUGGAAUCUAAAAUUGAAUUAUUAGAAACUUAAAAUAAAACAAUAUUGUAUUAAUUUGAGAUGAAAUCAAGAGAGUGUGAAGAAUGGAAGCUCUAGUAUAAUAAACAUUUAUGA